AAAAUAUCCCUUAAUUACGAUUUAACUUAAUCGGAAAAAGUCGUCAGCGUAGCGUGAACAGAAUAGAAUUUCCAUGUUCCUUUCCUUCAAUUUUACUCUUCUCCACCACACCUAAAAUAAAACCGAAAACGACUCCAAAAUUCUCCCACGGCAGUUGCCACCACCACCUCCACCACCACUGCCACAUAAUUAACCCCCAAAAUAUACAUACACCUAUACGUACAACCGACACUGACCUCCCAGAGAAUCUCUCUCUCACACUUACAGUCACUAAAACCUCCCCCAUCGCUGUGUGUUCUACGUUACCGUGAUCAAAUUCAGAUCUGAAGAAGGGGUGGCAGUGAGCGGCUGUGAUCCGGAUAUUAUUAAAUCGGGGGCGGUUUGUUGGGUGGAUGGAAAAUGGAGUACAUAAACAAUUUGCCGAGCAUGGAUCUGAUGCGCUCCGAGGAGAUGAUUUUUACGCAGCUUAUUAUCCCCGUCGAGACUGCUCACCGCGCCGUCUCUUAUCUCGGCCAACUCGGUCUCCUCCAAUUCCGAGACUUAAAUGAGGAUAAAAGCCCUUUCCAGAGAACAUUUGUUAAUCAGGUUAAAAGAUGCGCUGAGAUGUCGAGAAAACUACGAUUUCUUAAAGAUCAGAUACAUAAAGCUGGUAUAAUUUCAUCUCAUCCAGCUUCGCAACCUGAUAUUGAAUUAGAAGAAUUGGAGAGUCGACUUGCUGAGCAUGAGCACGAGCUAAUUGAAAUGAAUACCAACAGCGAGAAACUGCAGCAAACAUAUAAUGAGCUGCUUGAGUUCAAGAUGGUUUUGCAAAAGGCUGGUGACUUUCUUGUGCCUAGUGGGAACCAUUCUGCUGUACAAGAGACAGAAUUAGAUGAAAAUGUCUGUAUAAACAACGAUUAUGUGGACACAGAAUCACUGCUUGAACAGCAACCAGAACCAUCAAACCAAUCUGGUGUGAAAUUUGUUAGUGGCAUCAUUUGUAAAUCGAAAGUUCUUAGUUUUGAGAGAAUUUUAUUUCGCACUACAAGAGGCAAUAUGCUUUUCAAUCAGGCACCAGCUGAUGAUCAAAUCAUGGAUCCUGCAUCAAAUGAAAUGGUUGAGAACACAAUCUUUGUGGUAUUCUUCUCAGGUGAGCAGGCAAGAAAAAAGAUCCUGAAAAUAUGUGAAGCAUUCGGCGCAAACUGUUAUCCAGUUCCUGAAGAGACAACCAAACGAAGGCAAAUAACUAGAGAAGUAUUGUCACGCUUGUCUGAGUUGGAAACAACCUUAGACGCUGGCCUACGUCAUCGGGACACAGCUCUCACCUCUAUUAGCUUUCAGCUUUCUAGAUGGACGAAUAUGGUAAGAAGAGAAAAGGCUAUUUACGACACGUUAAAUAUGCUGAACUUUGAUGUCACUAAGAAGUGUCUGGUUGGAGAGGGUUGGUGUCCUACCUUUGCAAAGACUAAGAUUCAAGAAGCUCUGCAACGUGCAACUUUUGAUAGUAAUUCCCAAGUGGGCAUAAUAUUUCAUGUGAUGGAUUCAGUCGAGUUGCCUCCGACAUACUUCAGGACCAACCAUUUUACGAAUGCAUAUCAGGAAAUUGUUGAUGCAUAUGGUGUUGCUAAAUAUCAGGAGGCAAAUCCUGCAGUAUAUGCAGUUGUUACAUUCCCGUUUCUUUUUGCUGUGAUGUUUGGGGAUUGGGGUCAUGGUAUAUGCUUGCUGUUGGGUGCUUUAUUUCUUCUAGCCCGUGAGAAAAAGUUCGGUUCACAGAAACUUGGCAGCUUCAUGGAGAUGCUAUUUGGCGGCCGAUAUGUCCUACUUUUGAUGUCACUCUUUUCUAUUUACUGUGGCUUGAUAUACAAUGAAUUCUUUUCCGUUCCAUUUCACAUAUUUGGCAGCUCUGCCUACAACUGCCGAGAUGCUACAUGCAGUGAUGCUCACACGGUUGGUCUAAUUAAAGAUAGAGAUACGUAUCCAUUUGGUGUGGACCCAAGUUGGCGUGGAAGUCGUUCUGAGCUGCCUUUUCUGAAUUCUCUAAAGAUGAAAAUGUCUAUUUUGUUCGGCCUGGCACAGAUGAAUUUAGGAAUUAUACUAAGUUAUUUCAAUGCACGCUACUUCAACAACUCACUUGAUAUUAAGUAUCAGUUUGUGCCCCAGAUGAUAUUUCUUAACAGCCUAUUUGGAUAUCUUUCGCUUCUCAUUAUUAUUAAAUGGUGUACUGGUUCUCAAGCAGACCUCUAUCAUGUAAUGAUUUACAUGUUCUUGAGUCCUUUUGAAGAUUUGGGUGAUAAUAAGCUUUUCUGGGGUCAGGGCGUACUUCAGGUUAUAUUGUUAUUCUCGGCUUUAGUUGCUGCCCCAUGGAUGCUCUUUCCCAAACCUUUUAUUCUAAAGAGGCUUCAUACCGAGAGAUUUCAAGGGCGGACUUAUGGAGUUCUUGGAACCUCUGAUAUGUAUAAUGACGAAGAACCUGAUUCUGCAAGACAUCCGCGCGAAGAGGAGUUCAACUUUAGUGAGGUCUUUGUGCAUCAAAUGAUACAUGCUAUUGAAUUUAUACUGGGUGCAGUUUCCAAUACUGCAUCAUAUCUCCGUCUCUGGGCUUUGAGUUUGGCCCAUUCAGAAUUAUCAACUGUUUUCUACGAAAAGGUUCUCCUUCUUGCUUGGGGGUACAAUAAUAUUAUCAUACGUUUAGUGGGACUAGCAGUUUUUGCAUUUGCAACGUCAUUUAUACUGCUCAUGAUGGAGACUCUUAGUGCAUUCCUCCACGCUUUGCGUCUUCAUUGGGUGGAAUUUCAAAACAAGUUCUACAGUGGGGAUGGUUACAAGUUCAGACCCUUUUCCUUUGCCGCAUUAACUGACGAUGAAGAUUAGUAUCUUUUCAUGUUUUUUUUUUGGGUUGAGAUUUUUCGUUUUUUCGGAAGAAGAAGAAAAGUUUUGCAGUGGCAACGGGAUCAUAAGUAUGGAAACGACACAUGAUAAUUGAUACUAGUUGAUUAGACUCGGAAGUCGUAACUACAAGUGCUGACUCAAUAUUCUUUAGAUGCAAAGGUGAAUUUAAUUGGGGGAGCUUGUAACUUUUUUUGCUCUAAAUCGAUUCCGCAGGGAUUGAGUUGUAAAGAAGGGACCUUCUAUACCUAGAAUCUCUACCUUUUAAGUUCUUUUGGCUCUAUAACUUUUUUCACUCAGAAAUCAUUGACACGAGGUUUUUUUGCUUCUAUACUUAAAUCAGAACUGACUG